GAUGACUGUUUAUGCCUCGAAAAAACCAACACAUCAUUGGUGUGAAUAGUCGCCUUACAUGAUUCAUACUGAUUCAUACACAUUUGUGUUGUAUGUCGAGUGACACAAGAUAAGUUUGCAUUGAAGAUAGAAUUUUAUUUUUCCAAUAGUGUGUGUCUUAUUCUUUAUGCUGGAGGAUGGAGGAGGAAACGACAAAUCGCCCAAAGUGGCUGUUGGAACUGGAAAAUCGUAAGCGGAAGCCACGUUUAGCGCACGAAGCUGGAGCUGGUGCACCAUGCACAAACUGCAAUUCCUCGUGUCCUGGUCUUGAUCUUCAUUUUUGGAGAAAAAUUUGCAAAAACUGUAAAUGUGGUCGGGACGACCACGAUGUUGAUGACGAUGAAUUUCCACAAUUUGAUCUGCUAUUUGGAUCAAGCGGAAAAUUUAAAAAGAAAUCCAUGCAAUUGCAAGUAAAUAACAAGAAACAAAACGAUGAUGAAACUACAUUUGAAUGGGUGCCACCGGAUACAACUAAAGAACUUGCUAUGGAUUACAUGAAAGCUUUGCCCAUGGAAAAAUUGCCGAUUAAAGGAUCAGUUGGUGCUGUUUUGAGAAGGCAAUUACUGCAGAAACAACUACCGCUUCAUGAUAUUGAUUAUAAAGUUUGCGAUGAACUUAGUGAGCAAGAGCAGAUACAAUUUGAAAAAUACUUAGAAAACAUAAAGAAAUAUGUAGGACAAGGCAAAGUGAUGAAGAUGUUCGGUGCCCGUCCAUUCGACCGUUCUUUAAUGACACCUGUCAAUGCAACUGAUAUGCAAAAGUGCAGUCCACAGCAUAAAUCCCAUGUACUUUCUACUGGUGUUCAAUUACGUACACCGAGUAGCUUCGCCAUAAAAGAUCCAUUGUAUGCGAGGCACCUGUAUGAUGCUCAAAAUAAACAAGCUGCUGCUACAGCCAUAAAUAACAAUGAGAUCUUAACGAGAAGUACAGAAGAGUAUAAUUGUAUAUUAGAUAAUGUGUCUGCUAGUAGCACCAUCGUCAGAUCGCAACCAAUCGAAGGAAAAUUGAUUUAUGAAAACUUUCAACGUGGACCCACGCAUGAUGAUACCGCAUUGGUAGACGAAAGAGCUGUAGAUGACAAGGUAGUUAAUUCAUCGAUUUUUACACAUCUCGCAGAACAAGAAAUCGUACCUACUCGUGAAAAACAUACUUCUCGAAAUUACGCAUCUUGCGAAGGAAAUGCUUCCAGACGAUAUAGAGAAACGUUGAACGACACCAUGAUGUGCAUCCCACAUCGAGAAGCUGUUGAUGAUGAAACAGUUCUCUUUGUGGAAUCCAUGUUUGCGGAUGCGCUUCUUCCACCUAGUGCUAUACACGUUAAUGAUAUUAUUGGAAGCACAUUGGACGAGGAGGGAUUGACAUUUAUAAGAGAGAAACUUGCCAAUAAAUAUAAUGUAGCGCAGAAUCCAACAAUGUUAUACACUGCUGUGCCUAAAUUGUCCCGACCGUUAGACUCGAGUGACAUAUUACAUCCACGUGAUGGUGGAGGUAAGAAAAAAAACAAUUCUGCACGUAUCAAUAAGCCUGUAGGGACAACGCCUAUUAUCGCUGCUACGAAUUUACUCCCUGCGGAAAGCUUCGCAGAAGAGGCAAAAAUGAACACUCCUUACGAAGCAGAGAGGAAUACGUAUAAACUUCAGUCUCAAGUAAUUGACUCAACUGUUGUACCUGAUAGUAUCAAACUAAACGAACGAAAGCGAUGCGACGUGCUGUCGAAUAACAAAACGGCGAAUAAUGAUUCGUUGGUGACGGAUACAUUUCCAGCCACAAUGGAAAGCACUAUGGAUCUACAUGCAUUGUCGAGUAAAUAUAAUUCUACAGAUCCCGUAUCGACACAAACUUCUGAUUUGCAAAAUCCUGUCGAUACAAAGUCCAAUCCGUUGCAAGUCGAAUUGAACAGUUCGAUGGUGCAGUCGUCCGUAAUACAUUCCGAACAGUUGCAAAAUCAAGUGUUUCCUCACAUUGUUGGAGACACCAAUGAACAAUGCGCACAAACGCAACAUACGGAUUGUCUAAGCGAUGCUAUUGAGGGUUUAAAGGUAGACUCGACAAAAAUGCAGAAAUGCGAAAAAUGCCAUGACGACAUUCGUAUUGGCAACGUAGUCGUAAUCGCGGAGAAGGCUAAUAACGCAUCCUGGCAUCCUGGGUGCUUCGUUUGUUCGGUAUGCGACGAAUUGUUGGUGGAUCUCGUGUAUUUUUAUUAUAAGAAUAAGUUGUAUUGCGGAAGAGAUUUGGCUACGUUUCUAGGAAUUCCUCGAUGUUUCGCUUGUGAUGAGUUGAUCUUCGUACGGGAGUAUACGGUUGCAGAGGGACAUAAUUAUCAUGUGAAGCAUUUUUGUUGCUGGGACUGUGACAUGCCAUUGGCUGGGCAACAAUAUAUUACCGAAAACGAUCGACCACUAUGUCUUCCUUGUUAUCAAAAAUCAUAUGCAAAAACAUGCGUUGCCUGUAAUGUAGUGAUUGCUGCUGAUCAACAAGGAGUAGCUAUAAAAAAUUUAAAUUUUCAUGCAACUCAAGACUGCUUUUGUUGCUACAGCUGUAAGAAAAAUUUAUUAAACGGAAGAAUGGCGAUAAAGGAAGAUAAAUUGUUUUGCAGUAAAGUAUGCAUCGCCAAGUUUUGUAACUAG